AUGUCAGCUCGAACCCGUCUCCAUAUCCAAUCUGCGGCCCUUCGGAAUCCCUUACCCGUUCAGUUCCGCGUUUACGUCUGGCCCUUCACGAUACUAUGGCCUGUUUUCCUUGCAUUCUACCUUUCCCCUGAACGAUAUGAGACAUAUCUCCAGGCCCCCGAGUGGGCUGCCCUGUGGACCGGAUUGAUUGCUACCUCGCAGGCGCUAUUAUGGUUAAUGACAAAAUGGAACAUUAACAUCGACGCGCUCUUUACCACUGUCGCUGCUAAAUCAGUUGCGGAGGCACAGCUCAUCAAAGUCAUUCCAGCGGCAAACGCCGGAUCAGCAGAAAUUUGCAAGCUGAUAAAGGACCAAACCGGAGGAGUCGAGAAUAUCUCAUUCCUAUUUCAAAAGAGACGCUUCCUAUACGAUCCGGAGCAGGGGUGUUUUGCCCCCCUGCGGUAUGUCCUUGAUACUGAGCCAAAGCCAACUCUCCGAUCAUUCCAAGGAUCCCGCGGCCUCACCUCAACCGCGCAAGUCAACGAAGUCCAACAUCAUUAUGGAGAUAACACCUUCGACAUUCCAGUGCCUACAUUCGUGGAACUCUUCAAGGAACACGCUGUUGCCCCGUUUUUCGUUUUCCAGAUAUUCUGUGUCGGUCUUUGGCUUCUGGAUGAGUACUGGUACUAUUCACUAUUUACCUUAGUUAUGCUGGUAAUUUUCGAAAGUACUGUGGUAUGGCAAAGACAGCGAACCCUAACAGAAUUCCGAGGCAUGAGCAUCAAACCGUAUGACGUGUGGGUCUUCCGAGACAACCAAUGGGUGGAAGUCAGCAGCGAGAAGCUUCUUCCAGGCGAUCUAGUCUCAGUGAACCGGACAAAAGAUGACAGCGGGGUUCCAUGCGAUAUACUACUGGUAUGGGGUAGCGCCAUCGUCAACGAAGCCAUGCUUUCUGGAGAGAGUACUCCUCUACUGAAAGAUUCUAUCCAACUACGACCAGCAGAGGAGAAGAUUGAGCCUGAGGGCCUUGAUAAGAACUCAUUCCUCUACGGCGGUACCAAGGUGUUGCAGAUCACACACCCAAACUCGCAAGCUGGAUCAGACAGUAGCUACAAACCAUUGAAUGGAGCUCCCACUCCCCCUGAUAACGGUGCCCUCGGAAUCGUCAUUCGCACUGGCUUCGAAACCAGCCAAGGAAGUUUGGUUCGCACAAUGAUUUAUUCCACCGAGCCCGUCUCUGCAAACAACGUCGAAGCAUUCAUGUUCAUCCUGUUCCUCUUGAUCUUUGCCAUUGCUGCCUCUUGGUAUGUUUGGGUAGAAGGUGUUGCUCAGGACCGAAAGCGAUCAAAGCUACUCCUUGAUUGUGUUUUGAUCAUAACCAGCGUCGUACCCCCCGAACUUCCCAUGGAACUGAGUCUUGCAGUAAACACCAGUUUAGCAGCCCUCAGCAGAUAUGCUAUUUUCUGUACCGAACCUUUCAGAAUUCCAUACGCGGGACGAGUUGAUAUUGCUUGCUUUGACAAGACCGGAACUUUGACAGGGGAGGAUCUUGUCGUUGAGGGAAUUGCGGGUCUAACCCUUGGCCAGACAGGGGCCCCAGCAGACAAGUACGGUGCACAUACUACCGUCACGCGAGUUACAGACGUUCAGGAUAAUACCACUCUCGUUCUUGCUACUGCACAUGCAUUGGUUAAACUCGACGAAGGAGAAAUUGUUGGCGACCCAAUGGAGAAGGCAACCUUAACUUCACUCGGAUGGACACUUGGCCAGAACGACACUUUGGCUAGCAAAGCAGGAUCAGCGGGACGGUCAGGCGACAGGUUCCUUGAAUCGGUUCACAUUAAACGCCGCUUCCAAUUCUCGUCUGCAUUAAAACGUCAAAGUACAGUAGCAAUCGUGAACGCGUUCGAAAAGCAGUCAUCCAAACGGUCGAAGGCUACAUUUGUCGGCGUGAAGGGAGCACCAGAAACCAUCAGCACUAUGCUUGUAUCCACCCCUCCAUACUACGAGGAAACAUUCAAACAUUUUACGCGCAACGGUGCUAGAGUUCUCGCCCUGGCUUACAAAUUCCUCUCAGACGCUGAGCUUGGACAAGGUCGUAUCAACAACUUGAAACGUGAAGACGUUGAGGCGGACUUGCACUUUGCUGGCUUCCUUGUCCUUCAAUGCCCGUUGAAAGGAGAUGCAAUCAAGGCUGUGCAGAUGCUUAAUGAAAGUAGUCACCGAGUUGUCAUGAUUACUGGAGACAACCCUCUGACCGCCGUCCAUGUAGCAAAGAAAGUGGAAAUUGUCGAUAGAGAGGUUCUCAUCCUUGACGCCCCUGAACAUGACACCAGUGGCACGAAGGUUGUAUGGCGAAGCGUUGAUGAUAAAUUCAGCGUUGAAGUUGACCCUACCAAGCCAAUUGAUCCUGCCAUCCUUGCCGAGAAAGACCUCUGUGUUACUGGAUACGCAUUAGGGAAAUUCAGAGACCAACCAGGCCUUCGUGAUUUGAUCCGAUAUACUUGGGUGUAUUCUCGAGUUUCCCCAAAACAAAAAGAGGAAAUUUUACUUGCUAUGAACGAAGCUGGAUACACGACCCUAAUGUGUGGUGACGGAACCAAUGACGUCGGAGCCCUUAAGCAGGCCCAUAUUGGUGUGGCCCUACUCAAUGGCACUCAGGAAGAUCUCAACAAGAUUUCUGAGCACUUCAGAAAUACAAAGAUGAAGGAAAUUUAUGAGAAACAGGUUUCACUGAUGCAAAGGUUUAAUCAACCCGCACCUCCUAUCCCUAUUCAUAUCGCCCAUAUGUACCCUCCUGGGCCAAAUAACCCCCACUACGAGGCGGCCAUGCUGCGCGAAGCACAAAAGAAGAUCGCCGCAGGAAUGCCGCCGCCAGAAGAAAAUGGUGUGCCAACCGUCGUUUCCCCCGGUGCUCAAGCAUUGCAACAAGCAGAUGACAGUAAUCUGACCCCCCAGGAACGCAAACAAAAGCAAGCAACCCUCGCAGCAUCUUCACUGGCCGACAGAUUAAGCGCAUCAAUGAUGGAAGGAAUGGAUGAAGACGAGCCCCCGACUUUGAAACUUGGUGAUGCCUCUGUUGCCGCACCUUUCACAAGUAAACUUGCCAACGUCAUUGCUAUCCCGAACAUCAUUCGACAAGGGCGCUGCACUCUGGUUGCUACCAUCCAGAUGUACAAGAUUCUCGCCUUGAAUUGCUUGAUCAGUGCCUAUAGUUUGAGUGUGAUCUAUCUUGACGGCAUCAAAUUCGGGGAUGGACAGGUCACCAUCAGUGGAAUGUUGAUGAGCGUGUGUUUCUUCUCCAUCUCUCGUGCGAAGGCCGUUGAUGGGCUAUCAAAGGAGCGACCACAGCCAAACAUUUUCAAUAUCUACAUCAUGGGUUCUAUCCUGGGCCAGUUCGCGAUUCAUAUUGCUACCCUGAUCUAUAUCUCGCAAUAUGUCUACUCUAUUGUACCACGCAAGGAUAAGAUUGAUCUAGAACGCGAGUUUGAGCCAUCUCUUCUUAACAGCGCCGUCUAUCUGCUACAGCUUAUCCAGCAGAUCUCUACAUUUUCCAUCAACUAUCAGGGCCGGCCAUUUAGAGAGUCCAUCCGCGAGAACCGUGCUAUGUACUGGGGCCUUGUGUUAACUUCUGGUGUAGCCCUGUCUUGCGCGACUGAAUUCAUCCCAGAACUCAACAAUAAGCUCAGGCUGGUCCCAUUCGAGGCCGGAUUCAGAGUCAGACUUACAUUGACCAUGAUCAUUGAUUAUGUCGGCUGUUGGCUGGUGGAGAAUAUCUUGAAGAGCAAUUUCAGCGAUUAUAAACCCAAAGCCAUUGCUGUGAGGAGGCCUGAUCAGCUUGCCGCUGAGGAGAAAAGGAAAAAGUUGGAAGAAGAGAAGGAAAGAAAGAAGGAAGCUGAAAAGAGUACCUAG